UCUUCUUUUAUAGUUAAAGGAAAAGACCAGGAGAAACCAGAUGUCAAAACAGUUAGAGAUCCAGCACCUAUACCAGUACAUUCCCCAUCAAGGAGUCCCAAAAACAAUGCCUUACUGGAGGCAGCUGGACCAAGCCAUGUGGCUUACAAUGCCAUAUCAGCCAACAUGGACUCUUACUCAAGUAGCAGAACUGCUGCACUUAAAAAGCAACCAACCCAUAUGGAAGCAGAACACUUUGGAGACCUAGGUCGAUCGUGUCUGAAUUAUGAGUCCCAGGAUGCAAAGUCUAGCCUUUCAAAGACAUUGGCACAGGUGCUACAAGACAAUGUGGCCCUCCCUUAUUUUAUCCAAUUUAUGGAACUCCGCAGAAUGGAACAUUUAGUAAAGUUCUGGCUGGAGGCAAAAAGUUUUAAUUCCACGACCUGGUCCCGAAUAAGAGCAUACAGUUUAAACACAGUCAAGCACAGCUCCCUGGCAGAACCAGUAUCUCCGGCUCCUAAGCGGCCAGACUUGUCUGCAGUUUCAUCACUAGCAUUAGCUACUCAGCAAGCUCAAAAUUCUUCUAAAGUUCCACAGCACAUGUCUAGGUUAAAAGGACUGAAUUCUCCUGCAAAGCAGGACAGAUCUUCAAAUCAUUUGCAGGCAAAACAGAAGAUUGGACGAGUGCCGGCCAUCCAGCUAGAACUCUGCACAGAUCAAACAUUACCCUCGCAUGAGCAGUCUUCCAUGCUUAAUGCAUCAAACAGAAACAGCCCAACAGAUGAAGGACUGAAAGACAUGUCACAGAAACUGAUGAAGAGUAUAGAGCGAGAUGCUGUAAAUACGUUCACCAAAUACAUUUCUCCGGAUGCUGCUAAACCCAUACCGAUCAGUGAGGAGAUCAGGAGUGAUAUUGUAGCUAAGAUCUGUGGUGAAGAUGGGCAAGUGGACCCCAACUGCUUUGUUACAGCACAGGCCAUAGUAUUUAAUGCCAUGGAACAAGAGCACUUUCCUGAAUUUUUGCGAAGUCAGCAUUUCUGUAAAUAUCAAAUUGAAGUGUUGACCAGUGGAAUAGUUUACCUGUCAGAUAUAUUGUUUUGCGAAUCAGCACUCUUUUACUUUUCAGAGUACAUGGAGAAGGAGGAUGCAGUAAACAUAUUGCAGUUCUGGUUGGCUGCUGACAACUUCCAGUCUCAACUUGCCGCUAAGAAUGGCCAGUAUGAUGGGCAGGAGGCACAGAAUGAUGCUAUGAUCCUUUAUGAUAAGUAUUUUUCUCUGCAAGCAACACACCCUUUAGGUUUUGAUGACUCUGUGCGUCUGGAAAUUGAGUCCAACAUCUGCCGGGAGGGUGGCCCGCUCCCAAACUGUUUCACCACUCCCUUGCGUCAGGCUUGGACCACUAUGGAGAAGGUCUUCUUGCCUGGUUUUCUCUCCAGCAAUCUGUAUUACAAGUACUUGAAUGAUCUCAUCCACUCAGUCCGAGGGGAAGACUACAAUUGGAGUGCAGCAGGCAAUGCCAGUCAAGGCACACCCAACCAUGAGCCGUAUUCAGGCUCUUCUGAGAACUCCAGCUCUCAGGUUAAUGUCAAAAAAAGCAAUGUAAAAAUUUUGAAAAAUUUUGAUGAAGCAAUAAUUGUUGAUGCUGCAAGCCUGGAUCCCGAGUCACUUUAUCAAAGAGCGUAUGCAGGAAAAAUGACUUUUGGCACAGUUAGUGACCUGGGUCAGUUCAUCCGAGAGUCUGAACCUGAGCCUGAUGUGAAAAAAUCCAAAGGUUCAAUGUUUUCACAAGCUAUGAAGAAAUGGGUACAGGGAAGUACAGAUGAGGCUCAGGAAGAAAUGGCCUGGAAAAUAGCAAAAAUGAUUGUUAAUGAUGUCAUGCAGCAGGCACAGUGGAAUCCGCCACCUGACAAAUGUACUAAG